AUGGGGCUAACAAGGGAUUAUCUUAAAUUUGAACCAUCUGGAAUUUGUAAUAUUAUAGCAUCUCAUACUGGAAAAAUUCACGCUAUUGACAGAAAUGAAUGUGCUGCUUCAGCCUGCGAAUCUUUAAAUUUUUAUAGUAUAGGAAAGCGAAAAAGAAUUGAUAGAAUUAUUAGACCAGAAAAACAAGUUACAGCUGUAGCAUUUUCACAUGUUUAUAAUUAUAUAGCUAUAGGAUAUGAUGAUGGCGAAAUAAUAAUGUACAACAAAAAUUUACCUGAUUAUGAAAAAGAAAAAGUUGUUUUUCAUGGACAUCGAACAGCAGUUAGUUGUUUGACAUUUUCACAUGAUGGCCUUAUGUUAGUUUCUGGUGGUAAAGAUUCUAUUAUUGUAGUUUGGGAUAUUGUAAACGAAUCUGGAUUAUUUAAACUUAAUGGACAUAAGAAUGCAAUAACAGAUAUUAAAUUUACAAUGAAUGGUGAGAAUAUCAUAUCUUCAUCAAAGGAUGCUACAGUUAAAUUUUGGAACAUUGAUUCUAAAAGCUGUUUUUAUACUAUUGCUGAUUCAAAUACUGAAGUAUAUUCUAUAGCUCUGGUAAAGGAAGACAGACUUCUUAUUGUUGGUUCUGCAUCAGUUGAAUUAAAAGUUUUUGAAUUAAAAUGGAAUUGUAGUGAGGAAGAAAAUAACGAAAUUUCUGGAAUGCCUUCAGCAAAGAGUCAGAAACUCUCUUCACUUGCUGGUAGUGAUCUUAUUCCAGAAGAAAAUUCACAAUAUAAUACCUUUGUUACCUGUAAAAAAAGAGGUUUAUUAGUAAGACAGGCAAAGAAAAUGGCUCUUGAAAUUGUUGUUACAAGAGAUGAAAAAUUAAUGAUGGUUGUUGGAAAUGAUCAAAUUGUUGAUGUAUAUAGAAUAUUCUCUGACAAUGAAGCAGAAAAAAGAUUUUAUAAAAAGGUAAAAAAAGCCAAAAGAAAAGCUCAGGACGAAGGUGAUGGUAACGAUGAAUUAACAAUUGCGGAUAGUGUUUCAAAAGACAUAACAGUAUUUAUUACUAGAAUAGGAGAAAUUAGGGGAUUUUCAAGUAUAAAAUCAUUAUCAAUUUGUAAUAGAUUUAUCAAAGUAAAAAAAGAUGAAGAUGCAAAGGAUGAUAUUUGUUAUAGAGUUUUUACUUUACAAAAAAAUAAUGCCAUAGUAGCUUUCGAUUGUAUUUUUGAUGAGAAAGGAAAUACUUUUAAAAGCGAAGCAGUCGCUGAUUUGAAUAAACUGGGACAUCGUAAUGAUAUUCGUGCUUUAGCUAUUAAUGCAAAGAAUGAAUACAUGGUUACUGGAGAUUCUGAUGUAGGUUAUUAUUGGAAUUUAAAUAAUUUGACAACACAACUUGUUUUUGAACAUGAAAACAUGAAAGAUAUACUUGGAGCACUUUUUGUAUACAGUGAUCAAUAUAUAAUUUUUACAACAAAAUCUGGAAGCAUUUUUAUCUUUCACGUAGCUACUGGGGAACAUAUAGAAUUUAAAGAAAAAUGUCAUGAAACUGCUAUAUAUGGGAUUGUAGGACAACCAAAUGGACAUGGCUUUAUAACAACAUCUGCUGAUAAAAAAGUAAAAUUUUGGAAUUUUAAAAUUAUUGAAGAAUUUGGAUCAAAACGUCUUACAUUUGAUAUGACUAGAGAACUUGAAUUGACCGAUGAAGUUGUUGGUCUAUUAGACAAUACAGCUAGAAUUUAUUUCUGUGACACAUUAAAAUUUUUUGCCUCAUUAUAUGGUCAUUCUCUUCCAAUUACUUGUGUUGAUAUAUCUCCAGACAACAAGCUUGUUAUCACUGGAUCUGUUGAUAAGAGUGUUAAAAUUUGGGGUAUUGAUUUUGGAGAUUGUCAUAAAAGUAUUUUUGCUCAUGAUGAUGUUGUUACAUGCGUAAAAUUUUCUACUAAAUUAGAUGAAAGACUUUUUUGGAGUGCAGGUAAAGACGGUAAAAUCAAGCAAUGGGACGCUGAUAAAUUUAAUCGUGUUCAAAUAUUGAACGGGCAUUUAGGAGCUGUUAGAUGUUUGGGUCAAGCUAAUGAUAGCAAUUUUAUAGUUACAGCUGGUGCUGACAAAAGCAUUAGAGUUUGGGAUUUAACAGAUGAAAUAAUUGUUUUAUCUGAACAAGAUCAAUUAGAACGCGAAAAAGAAUUGGAGUCAAAGCUUAUUGAAGAAGAAGAUAUUGUACCGGGCGAUUUAAGAGAUAAUGAAGCUGAAUUGGCUAAUAAAAAGACAAUUGAUACAAUAAAAAGUUACGAGGAUAUAGUUGAUGCACUUUUGAUUGCAAGAGAUGAAAGAUACAAACGUAAGGAUGAUACUAAAUAUGUACCACAUCCUUUAAUAAAAAGUUAUGCUUCUAAAUCAGAGGAUCAUUUUAUAAUUGAUGCAAUUUCAAAGAUUAAAACAGCACAUCUAGAGCGUGCUCUUCUUAUGGUAAAUUAUGAUUUUAUAAAAGAUAUUCUUAUUGCCUGUAAUUGUUGUAUUAAAGACAACUACAAACUGGAACUUUGUAUUGUUAUUACAAACCUUACCAAUAAAAUUCAUCAUAAUUUUUUGAGAAAUGCUCCAGAAGCUAAAAAACUUUUAAGAGAUAUAUACGAAAAUGGUGAGAAACAUUUAUCUACACUUAUAAAUACAAUUGAGUUCAACAUUGCUGCAUUAUCGUUGUGGAAAGCUGAAGUUGACAGUUUAACAGGAAAUAAUAUUUUAUAA